AUGGACCGGAUUGAUAAAUACAAAAGGGUGGAAGAGGACCAACUACAAAGGAAAGGAAAGGAGAAGAUCAUCCCUCACAAGAGGAAUGAUUUCAAGUCGGAACAAUACAACAAUAACCAUCCGAGGAGAGAUUUUGCGGGGCAAUCUGGACCAACCAACACGCAAACGGUUAACGUCGUAUUCAGAGAACUGGUACAACAAGUUUUGGAGAAAGUCAAGAAUGAGCCAUUCUUCAAGUGGCCGAAUAAGAUGGCCAGAGACUCCUCAAAGCGCAACCAGAGUUUUGGUCAUCUGGGUCAGGCAAACCAAGAAGCCCAGAGAGACAUAUCUUUAAGACCUCCCAUAGGCACGAUAAAUGUCAUCCUUGUUGCUUUGGGAAGAACCGGCUCUUUUCCCUCCAGGGUAAUGUCUGUGGCUCAGCUCUCCACCGAGGACAACGAUCGGGAAUCCAAAAGGUCACCUGUGCUGGGAUUCUCGAACGAGGAUAUGAUUGGAACCAUCCAACCCUAUGACGAUGCUCUGGUAGUUACACUUAAGAUUGGAGGGUUUGACGUGAAGAGUGUACUGGUAGAUCAGGGCAGUGCUGUGAAAGUAAUGUACCCUAAUCUGUACAAGGGGCUGAACCUAAAGCCUGAAGACCUAAUGACGUAUGAUUCCCCUUUGGUGAGUUUCGAAGGGAAGACUAUUACACCAAGGGGAUAG